AGAUGGGGUGGUGGGCAAAGCCAAAGGUUUUGGGCCAGUUUUGGCCCACGGGCCCAGACAUCACUAGCUCCAUUGAGUGCAUUGUGUCUGACAUUCCAUAUUUAAGAGAAGCAAUCUACACUCGCUUCUUAAAGACUGCAUCCAGAUACUAUUGGUCAUCUCUGUUACACGCUUAAAAUUAAAAGUUCCUCAUUGCCAUUGAUGGCUCCAAAAAUGACCACCUUCCGUCCUUUUCACGCCACAAAAUAUUAUGGCAUUAUUUGGUUCCUCCUGGCACCUUUAAUUUUAAGAGCAGUAUAUAUAUAUUUUCUUUUUGUAUUAAUAAUGCUAAAACAAUACAAUUUACUGCAAGAGUUAUCCUCAGAACAGGAGCGCUAAUUAGCGAGAAAGCCAAUAGGGCCAGACAAUAGGAGUUAGGGAAAAAAAGCUGCUAUGCUGGCAUUCAGACAACAGUGAGAAAAAGACAGAGGGUUGGAAAGAGAGAGAGAGUAAAGGAGAGAUGAAAGCAGCGCAGGUUUAUAUAAAGCUUAAUAGGGGUAAUUAAAUAAAGUGGGGGUCAGAAAGAGAAAGGCUGGGGUGAGCUGAUAGGGGUAAUUAUUUGUACUGAUUGAAGGUGAUUAAUUGAGGCUAGUUGUUCAGCACAUGAUGGACCCUCAUAAAAAGCAGGGUGCGUUAGGACAGAAACAGAAGGGAGAGAGAAUAACUGGCUCUCGGGACACAUUCACUCUUGACAGGACACAAUCAAAAGAGAAAGACUUGCUGUUUUUCGCUUUAUAGUCUGUGAAGUUUCCUCUUAGGGAGAAUAAUGCAGGGGUCGGGUCUUCUGCUGCUGUCUCUGUGCGCCGGCUCUUUGCUGACCCACAGUGGCGCGGGAGGGAAGCGGAGGCUGUGCGGGAUUCAGCUCGUGGAGGCGCUGCUGAUCGUCUGCGGAGAGAAGGGUCUCUUCCACCAGCCCUGGGGGAAGCGUGUUCGAGAGCACAAACUCCGUAAGUUACCAUGCAGUGGAGAGAGAGACGCGUUUGAGAAGAGGGGCAUUGUGGAGCAGUGCUGUCAUUUUUCUUGCGAUGACCUGGAGAAUUACUGUAACACAAAGAAAUCACCAGUGCUACUUCUGCAUAUACUUCACCUGAGUAAUGAUAACUAGAACCUAUUAAGUGCCGCAGGUUUGAGCCUGUUUGGAUGUGAUCAGGAGUAAAUGAGGGUUUAUUUGAAAUGUUACACAAUGGAUAUGUUUCCAAUAAAACAAAUGCAAACAUAUAUAGCUGUUUGCUUUUAUUGGCACAAACAAGUCUGCCCUUAUGAAGAUGAACUGAUUUCAUUACAAUACAACCAUAAAACCAUGGUUAUUGUACAUGUUAACCACAAAAUCAUCACAGUUUUGCUGCAGUAGCCACAGUUUAACCAUAUUUGUUAUAUAAAUAUGUUCAUACAGAUGAAAACAUGGCUACUACACUUUUGCUUUAAUAAAUGCAUGGUCAAUGAUUACAA